GCCUAUAAAAGCCCCUGUCCGGGCGCACCCAGCUCAGAUCGCUCCUUUUCCUGGCCUUCGUUCUUCGCUCUUGCUUCAACAGUGCUUGAACGGAGCAGGAUCGCGGCCGCCGCCCCAUCAUCUUCAUCCUUAAGCCAGCCAGUCCAGUCGCCGAUUUGCACCAUGAGCUCCCAGGUCCGCCAGAACUACGACGCCCAGAGCGAAGCCGGAGUGAAUCGCUUGGUCAACCAGUUUCUCCAUGCCAGCUACAACUACCUGUCCCUGGUGAGCGUCCAGAGGGGAGGGGAGGAGGCGAAGCCGCGGCUUUUAAUAAUCUGUUGCUAAUCUUUUUGGUCUCUCUUUGCAUUGGGUAUGCGAUUGUUGCUCCGUUUUGCUUUUCCACGGCUACGUGGCAGGUAGAAAUCCAGCAGGUGAGGUUUUCCUUUCUGGUAAGGGUGUGUUGCUUUCUCGCAGCAUCUUUUAGUCUGCUGGAUGCCAGCCAAGUGCCCUCCGGGAGAUUUGGACUACAACUCCCAUCAGCCCCAGCGAGCACAGUUGUAAAAGGGAAUUGUAGCCCCAAAGCAUCUUACAGGGUGCAAGGAUGACAAUGGGUAGUACAGGGGCUUGUUUUUUUAAGCUCUAAACCUACUGAGGGUGGCUUUUCUCUCAAAAAUUCUAAACAAUAAAAGGGUCCCUCUUUAGGGGAGUUCAGCACUUAGGGGUUUCAGGUGAAUUACCUUUCCAGUCAGGGAAAUCUGAUGGCUUAAUCUUUCCAGCUAUUGACUGAUCAAUGGGCGUUUGCCUUCCAACAGCACAGUCUUUUCUAAAUAGUGCAUCAUUUUUUGGGGUUAUAGAAAAGGGCAUUUUUCAAAAAAAUCUCCCCCCGUGUUGCUUCCUUCCCAGUGUUGCUACUUCACCUCAGUGCAGAAAGCUGCCUUUGUCUGAUGGCUGGCAGUGGCUUUUUGGGUUCUCAUUGGCUACGUCUGUAUCUUGCCUGCCCUCGAAAGAGAUGGAGCAGGCAGACGCCUGGCUCUCCUUGUUCCUAAGUCUCCCGGUCUAGCUGUUGCGUCUUGCAAAAUAGGAGUAGAGUGGACCUGGCAGCCAUGAUUGCGUGGGACAUAUUUUUUCAUGUCAACAUCUUAGAGAGCUCCCUCCGCUGUCCUCGAGAUUGGGGGUGGGGAAUCUUCUGACUGAGGGCCACACUGCUCCCCAGAGCAAUAUUUCAGGGGCCGCAUGCCAGUAAUGUUUGUAGGAGGGAAGCAGAGGCCAAAAAACUAUUUGAGGGGAAGAAUGUGCUUUUUUUAAGAAAGGAGACUAGCGUGUGUACAGCUUCUGUCUCCAUUUCGUUCCCUCCCCAUUGGGUCUGCUGCCUGCUUCUUUCUUCCUCCCUUCCCUCCAUUGUGGGCUGUGGCAAAGUCUGCUGCCCUCUUGUUUAUCCAGUGCUGAGUUCCCUUGAGUUGUGUGGUCUGAACAAACAAUGUUGUGAAGAUAUAGCGUUAAUGAUUUAAAAACAACAACCCUAACCUCCCCACCUGGCUGCCUAAAAGCCCUGAAAUGGAGGCGCCAUCCAGUCUGUCUCUUGAACUCCGCUUUGUGUGGGUUAAAUUGGGCUGGGGGAAUUAUAGCUAGAUUUGGAUAAAACCUAAAAGAUUGCCAUUGUGUUUGUUAGGUAAGUUAACUAGCCCUGUUUUCCAGCCAAGGAAGGUUGCUGCCUCUGAGGGGGUCUCUAUACACUACAUAAAUCUUAACAGUUCCUUUGUGAGGAACCAUUGCAACAUUUGGAGUUUUUUAGUUUGGAGAAAAGGCAAUUAAUGGGAAGGAACAGGGCAGAGGUGUGUAAAGUUAUUAAUGUUGUUCAGAAAGUGGCUAAGGAGAUUUUCUCCUCCCAUUACGACACCAGUUUGUUUGGUACAGUGGUACCUCGGGUUACAGAUGCUUCAGGUUACAGACUCCACUAACCCAGAAAUAGUACCUCGGGUUAAGAACUUUGCUUCAGGAUGAGAACAGAAAUUGUGUGGCGGCAGCGGGAGGCCCCAUUAGCUAAAGUGGUACCUCAGGUUAAGAACAGUUUCAGGUUAAGAACGGAUCUCAAGAACGAAUUAAGUUCUUAACCAGAGGUACCACUGUAUAGUGGUUGGCGUUGGACUAGGAGCUGGGAGACCAGGGUUCAGAUCCCUAGGCCACGAAGCUCACUGGGUAACCGGAUUGUUUUGAGAAUAGAACGGGUAUGGGGAGACCACCUUGAGUUCUCGGAGGAAGGGUGUGAUGUAAAUGUAAUAAUGUAGUAAUAAAUAAAAGCUGGUUGCAUUUUUAAACUUGAGUGUACAUUUCCCCACAUUUUUAUGUCUGGGCCAAUAAGCAUUUUACUGUAUUUUCAAUGGCCUAUGGCUACAAACAGUAAAUAUUUAUUGGAUUGGAACUGGGAACAUUUUGUGUUCAUUUCUAGUUCCUCUUUGAGUAAAUCUUGAGUCUGAGCCCUUGCCUUUUUUUUCUCCCUUUCAGGGUUUUUACUUCACCCGGGAUGAUGUGGCCUUAUCCAAGUUCUCAUCCUUCUUCCGGCACCUCUCUGAGGAGAAACACGAACAAGCGGAGAAGCUCCUGACCUUCCAAAACCGCCGUGGAGGCCGAGUUGUCCUGCAGGAUGUCAAAGUGAGAAUGCGGAUGGCUUGGACAGGAGGGGUGUUGUGGUGGUGGAUCAAGGCCUCAGGCAUGGACAUGAGGAAUGGGAGUAGCAGAAAUAAUGUCCGCUUUCCCCCUUCAAAGCUUGGGCUUCCUCUUGACUUGCUGGGUGUGUUGUAACAGCUUUUUCAUAGCACACUGUUAUGUUUAUGGCAUGCUUUUGUACUCUGACUUGCAUUUUAAAGUGUGCGUUGUAUGCUCGCCCCCUGGCAAACUUGGCACUCCCAGUAAGCUCUCCAAGGUACACCUGUUUAUUGCUUCAUCAAUACUGUAGCUUCAUCUGUUCCCAUCUGAUGAAUUGGGGGUGGAUUAGUGGUAUGAAAUGCAAGCAGCUGCUUUGUUCUGCAAGUCUGACUGGAGAAUGUUAGCAGCUGUGCAUGGAAAGAACAAGUGCAACUAAAUGUUGCAUUGUAUCUUCAUAGAUACAAUGCACAGGGACGGGGGUGGCACUGUGGGUUAAACCACAGAGCCUAGGACUUGUCGAUCAGAAGGUCGGCGGUUCGAAUCCCUGCGACGGAGUGAGCUCCCGUUGCUCGGUCCCUGCUCCUGCCAACCUAGCAGUUCGAAAGCACGUCAAAGUGCAAGUAGAUAAAUAGGUACUGCUCCGGCGGGAAGGUAAACGGCGUUUCCGUGUGCUGCUCUGGUUUGCCAGAAGUGGCUUAGUCAUGCUGGCCACAUGACCCGGAAGCUGUACGCUGGCUCCCUCGGCCAAUAAAGCGAGAUGAGUGCCGCAACCCCCGAGUCAGCCACGACUGGACCUAAUGGUCAGGGGUCCCUUUACCUUUACUUAUCUUCAUAGUAGGAUUGCUCCUGUUCAGGGUACCAUGCCCAUAUCCAAGAUCUUAAAAGAAACUCGAGGGCAUUCCUUCACGUCCUUUUUCCCCACUAAAACAUUAUGUUGCUAACGAGCAUGCCCAGUUCUCAUUGGGUUGCAUUUUGGCUGCUUUAGGCUUUAUUCUUAUAGGGGAAAAGUACUUCUGCUAACAUUGGGCUUCUCCCAUGCUGUCCUCCCUGCUCCCAAUUUAGUUCCAUUUCUGUUGGCACUAGUGGGUUGUUGAUGCUGAAGGUGUAGAACAUUGCAGAACGGGAUGUAAGGGCUGCUGGCUAUGAAGGUGCUGCAAUUGGCAGGCUCUCUCAUGAGUGUUCUCUGCCGUUAACUUCAGAAACCAGAACGUGAUGAGUGGACCAACGGAGCUGCUGCCAUGGAUGCGGCCCUUCAGCUGGAGAAGAAUUUGAACAAGGCUCUGCUGGACUUGCACCAGGUUGCUACCAGUCACACAGAUCCCCAUGUAAGUCUUGCUGGAAGAAGCUAACGUGGUUGGGUUGGGGGUCAUGUCGCCUUUCCUAUCAGUGCCCACUAAUCAACUUCAUAAAACGGGAAGUGCCUCAAAAUGGGUAUACUGUUGUGUGUGUUACAAGCUUGGGGACCACUGACUAUGCAGACUAGCUUAAUUCUGGUGAAUGGUGAGAGCCAAAGUACUUACCCCACACCAGUCAAUUGAACAGGUCUACUAAACAUCUAAAGUCUUCCCAGAUUUGUGUACAGGUUUAUUUAAGGACUAGACAACUUUGUAAGAAUAAAGAUGGCUUGACUGCUGAAUUCUUUGUGCCCAGUGCCAUGGGAUAUAUGCAAGCAUAAUGAGAUGUCUUACCUACAUUAAUUUCCAGAAGGGUGUGUUUGUUGCAGCAAAAACAAGUUCUUGUGGUACCUUAAAAAGACAGCACUACUAGUCUGAGUUGAGCCCCCAGAGGCUGAUUUCCCAUUGAAUUGUGAGCUCCAGGUUUCUAUGGCCAACCUUCUGUUCCUCUCUCCUCCCAAGCUGUGUGACUUCCUGGAGACCCAUUUCCUGGAUGAGGAGGUGAAACUGAUCAAGAAGCUUGGGGACCACGUGACCAACCUCAAGCGUGUGCGUGCCAAAGACGAGGGCCUUGGUGAAUACCUCUUUGACCGUCUCACCCUGGGAGAGUCCAGUGACUGAAUCCAGAGGUGCUGGUUCCCUCCCGACACCUGCAGCCUCGUCCGCCAGAAGUGUGUGCUACCCUGUCCUCUCGAAAGCUGGCUGCUUAGUCAGUGAGGCCUCUGUAACCCUGUCCAUCUACAGGGAGGGAAAAGUCUAACUGGCAUUAAAUAAACUUGGCAUUAAGCACUACUACUUUG